CCGGUGUUGCGGUGCCGAUCCAUAAGGAUGCGGUUUCGCCUUGACUGGGGGGCAUGGCGAUUCUUGAUCGAAUUUCGGGACAAUUGUUUGUUGCAAUUGUUGGUUCAGGUCGAAGAAGAGGACCUGGCUGUGGCGUAUGAUCGGUGACAGCGACGCAAUUGGUUAGAGAGGCAUGCUGUUGUGCCUGGAAACGGACAGUUGUAGGUUGAUGAGGGGCAGACAACCUUCCUCGUCCCCCCACCAUCGAAACCAUCGAUUGUCAUUGCGGUCUUCCCCUUAAAUAUCCCGCCAUCCCCGCUGUCCUCACCGUCUUUUUUUGACUGCCAUCCCUCUCUCCUCUGGUCUUCUCGUCCUUGUAACUACACCUUCAUCAUGCCUUCUGGAUCCGUUCUCGUCACCGGUGGCACCGGCUACAUUGGCUCCUUCACCACCCUCGCCCUGCUGGAGGCUGGCUACAAGGUUGUCGUUGCUGACAACCUCUACAACUCCUCUUCGGAGGCUCUGAACCGCAUUGAGUUGAUCUCUGGCAAGAAGGCCGAGUUUGCGCAGCUCGAUGUCACCGACGAGGCUGCCUUCGACAAGGUUUUCGAAGCCCACCCCGACAUUGACAGUGUCAUCCACUUCGCCGCCUUGAAGGCCGUCGGCGAAUCUGGCGAGAAGCCCCUCGACUACUACCAUGUCAACGUCUACGGCACCAUCUGCCUCCUCCGCUCCAUGGUCCGUCACAACGUCACCAACAUUGUCUUCUCUAGCUCCGCUACCGUGUACGGAGAUGCUACCCGUUUCCCCAACAUGAUCCCCAUCCCCGAGGUCUGCCCUCUCGGCCCCACAAACCCCUACGGCAACACCAAGUAUGCUAUUGAGCUCGCCAUUACCGACGUUAUCAACGCUCAGCGCAACAACGCCACCAAGGCAGGCAACGAGGCUGAGGCCACCAAGUGGAACGGCGCUCUGCUGCGCUACUUCAACCCCGCUGGUGCCCACCCCAGCGGUAUCAUGGGCGAGGACCCCCAGGGUGUCCCCUACAACCUGCUCCCCUUGCUCGCCCAAGUCGCCACUGGCAAGCGCGAGAAGCUCCUUGUCUUCGGAGAUGACUACGCCUCUCACGACGGAACCGCUAUCCGCGACUACAUCCACAUUCUCGACCUUGCAGACGGUCACCUCAAGGCCCUGAACUACCUCCGCUCCAACAACCCCGGUGUGCGCGCCUGGAACCUGGGUACCGGCCGUGGCAGCACCGUCUACGAGAUGGUCCGCGCCUUCUCCAAGGCCGUCGGCCGCGACCUCGCCUACGAAGUCGCUCCCCGCCGUGCUGGUGACGUUCUCAACCUCACAUCCAACCCGACUCGCGCCAACGAGGAGCUCGGCUGGAAAGCCCAGCGAACCCUCGAGCAGGCCUGCGAGGAUCUCUGGCUCUGGACUGAGAACAACCCCCAGGGAUACAGGCAACAGCCUCCCGCUCAGCUGCUGGACCAGCUCAAGAAAUAAGUGGGGAGAAAGGAAGACAGGAAUAAUUUAAUAAGAUAUCUUGGGAAUUGAAUGAAAUGUUUUGGGAGAUCUAUUCAUUGCAUGAGGUUUGGUUUAGUUUUAAAAGUGGAGGAUGGAUAGAUAAAUAUCGCAUGGAUAGCGAAAAUGAUCU